CGAUAUUUUUUAAACUGAAAUGUCAUAAAAUGUCUAAUUGUACAGUAUUUUAGCAGCAGCUUUGUGUUUUUGUUGUUGGGAUUAACAAUUUUUUAUCUUAAGGGGGCCACAACAGAACAGAGAAGCAAACUGAAAUAGUCCAAGAAACAUCCUGCUUAAAUUUAGACCAUUUUGCUGUUGUCAUUACCAGUAAAUCAGAUAAGCUCCUAUGAAUAACUUGAUGAGCUCCUCCUUCUCCUCCUCCUCUUUGGCGGCUCUCCGCCCCUGCUUGUCCCGUUAAAUUCCUCCCGCCUGGCAUCGGGUUCCUGGGGGAAAGGGCGGAGAGUUGGCCGCAAACUUUGUAACAUAAGUAACAGUAAGCAGACAAGGUCGGACAUACGGGGAAACUCGGUUUACCGAAACCUUAGAGAAGGCUGGGUCUAAUUAACACGGCGCUGGCUGAGUUUCAGUAGAGGGGAACGGAAGGGCAGCCUGAAGUGAACCAUGAACGGGAAUCCGGUGUUGUCGGGAUGAGGCAGGCGCACACGGGUGUAUAAUAGCGGACUUCCAAGUGCGCAUUAGAGUGUCUUCCCGGCAGAGACAGCUGAGGGCCAAUGGCUGACAGGCGGACUAGAGGUAUGACCGGGUCGGAUCAGAGCAGGAGCACGGCGGCCCGGGCUGCAGCUAUAGCCGAGCAGCUGCACUAUGAGUGCUCCAUCUUACUGGAACUUUAUAGAAAGAAGGAGACCUUUUCUCCAGAUGUUACAGUGGCUGACGGCCGUCUGGUGUCCGUCCCACCUCCUUCCUCCCAGCUGGACACCAGGGACAAGCUCUGGCGUCUCCACUCGGCUCUGCUACAGUGCCGCAGCUUGUUGGAGAGAGCGAUUGCCAAAGAGGAAGAGGAACUGGGAGGUCAGAAGAAGGGUGAGUACGAGACCCAGAGGAAGACGGUAAAGGACAGGCUCUCGCUUCUCAUAAUCAACACUGGAGAACUUCUCAAAGCUGUAGAUGGCCCGGCGGUCCUGACACCCAGCUUGGACGGAUUGGAGUUAGACGGCCCGACCAUGUUUGAGCUGAAGCUUUGGGUAUACCGGAUCUUCAAAGAGGUAGACUACUGGACCAAGACGGCCAUCACCACCUUGCAAGCCCUGCCCUCGGUGACAGCCAAGGAGCGAGCGAGGACCACAAGAAGCGUCAGGAGCACGAGAAGCGUCCGCAGAUGAGACGUGUGUGUGUAGGUGAAGAGGAAUAAUGAGAGAGAGAGAAAAGAGGUUAGGGGCAGAGAGGGAGGAGGGUAAAGGGACGAAAACAAUGAGAAGAGUGGAGCGAGGUGUUCGAGGUGGGAAACUGACUGAUAUGGAGAGGAAAAAGAAAGAGAUGAGUGAUAAUAGCCAGCCGAGAGAGAUACACAGAUCCCUAGAGACACAGGGAGAUGAGUGGGUUGGGCUAUUUUUAGGGCAUGAAGCCCCAUAUACAUGAACAGAGGCCUCAGACAGAGAGGAAUGGGGGACAAUAACCAUAACCAAUAUAGCUAAUAUAGCUAAUAACAGCAUUUGUUGGAACUAGUUAAUUUUAUGGCAGACUCUAAUACAAACUUAAUAUUUAUUUAUAUUGUAAGAUGAAAUCUAACAAAGUAUCUAUAUUCAGAGGUGAGACAGAGUUUCUUUCUUUUUUUCUUUCUUUCACAUUUUGAUAUCAAGGCAACUAAACGUGAUUGACGCCUGUAAACACAACACACAACUCACUGUUGUGGUUUCCCUCGUGCAUGCAUCACUCCUUGGAUACAGCUGAAGUUAUUAUUUUAGAUAUACUGCCGGGAUCCACUGCAGCUGACAAAGGCAGUAGUCAGCAAGGGGCACAUUCUGAGUAAAAUGAGACCAUUUGAAUUCAUGCCAUCAGCACAAUGUAGCUUUGAUAUGUGUAGUUUUGAACACUGUGGCUAUAAAUCAUUCCAUAUAGAUUAUUAUCUGGAGGAGGUUCAGUGCAUGAAGGAAAAAAAUGUAACAUCACCCUCUAGUGUUUUUAUGUUGUUAUUACAUAGAUUUAUUCCUUCUUUCUUUAUUUCUUUCUUGAUUUUCCUCAAUAAUGGGAAGAGAGAUUAUACUAUUUUCCAAUCAUUUCGUUAUCUUUUGUGGCACUUUAGUAGCAAUGAAAUCAUGUGCAACCAUGACGUAAGACUUGGGAAGCAGGAAGCAACAAGUGUGUUGCAACCAUAACAUCAGUAGUCCAAACUCAUGGGUGUACAGAUGAGCACGUACAUGACAGCCUGAUUUUGUUUUUUGUGAUUCUGAUUUUGAUUAUUGUUUAAAAUAGCAGAACAUUUUUAAUGAUUUUAACAACAGGUCAUGAUUUAUAGCCCAAAAAGUGAGGCCCCAAAAUUAUGCUCUUCAUCACAAUGGUUAAUAUGUACAAAAGUAUCAAGACACAUAUUUGAUCCCAUUUUGACUGGAAAAGAAUCAAUAAUCAACAUAUAGCUAAACUACAAUGGGCUAACAGAGAAAUUAAUCAAAAAUGACCCUGGACACGCUCCACUCUGUCAGUCCAACCUGGGCUGCGUUGCCAAUUAAAUUAGCAUCAGCUGUAGACUCAGAUUGUCUUAAAUGAUGCAUGAAGCUUCAGGCAAGAAAAAGAAAAGAUACUGUAAAUGGGAUCGGAUCGUACGUGAAGAAUCAUGAUAAUGUGGAGCGCACGGCAGACAUGGGAGUGUUUGAAGUUAAUAUUAAGUAUAUUUAGAGGCUUUUUCAGUAACCUUUGCAGUGUUGCCAUCUUUAGGUUUAGGGGACCAUUUGAUCAUUUUACAGUUUAAAUUUUGUUUAAUUCAAAGGUUGCAGAUUGUGUGUAGUUAAUGUUUGCCUUGUCACAUGCUGUAUUUAGUAUUUGUGGGCUGUUAAACUGUUGGUAGGUGCACUGGGAGUAUAAUCAAACCUGUGUGAUAUGUGAAUGAUACAGGUUACUCCAAAAUGUCUUUCAGGCCUCUGAAAACUGAAUGUUACUGGAAGGCAACACAGAUGUAUUUUGUCAUUUGAUCUAAGUUGGUAUGAUGCAUUUGAAAAAAAGAAAUGUGAUCCCUAUGAAAAGAAGAGCUACUGUACAUGGGAAAAGUUAUGCCAUCUGUCUGGAGGAUGAAAAUACGAAAUACAGCACAAUGCAUCCUAAAUAUCCAAUAAUACUUUGGAGUGCAGUACUUUUUAAUGCGAUGCACUGCAAAUGCAAUAUUACACAUAUUGCAUUUGCAGUCCUUUUCAAUGGAUUGGGGAUGUAUAAUCUUUCCUCGUGCUUUACUCUGAUGAUAAACUAUCUGCUGCACUACACAGGACAUAAAUCUUCUUUGUUUUUUUCCAAAAGGAUUUUCUGGCUCAGUUCUGUUUUUAACUGAUUGAUAUGUUGGUCUGGUUGGUCCCAGAUCAGGAAUCAGGAAUGGGCAAAGACUAGAGAAAUAAGACUAGG